AUGGAUUUUUCAAACGACGGAGCCUCCAUCUACCACCGCAGUCUUGCGGUAUACAUCCGCCGUGACGGCGAUCUUAUCCGCUGCCACGGGAAAAAUUGCCAAUGGGUCAGCUCGUCCUGGCCCACGAUCCGUACCACAGUCCUGAAAGGAAGUUCGGAGCCUUUGCACCAGUCCAAAAGCCAUGCACUAUCACGUCUUGAAAUGAGUGAUCCCGACCCUGAGAUUGGCAACCUAGAAAUCUAUGAGAUACAAAAACAAAACCAAAAUGAAGUUGCGGGAUUAAUCCUCAAAAAGAUGUCCCGGAAAAGCUCCAUGGACUUCGAUAAAUUCUUCUCGGCUCUUAUCCUGACUCAAAUGCAGCUGGGUUCUCUCGAAUCGUCAGCCGAAAACAACUCAGUCACCCAAGCAAUCGUAGAUCUAUUCGAUAAACAACUGCGAUAUCAGGUGCCGAACGACCAGUGGGAGAUCAAAGGCCGGGAAUAUUUCACUUCCAAAGUGCGGUAUUAUACCUCUCGCAACCUCCGGCUCGAGUUGUGUCUUCCUGCAUUCCCAUGCAAGUCAUCCAACCCGGAAAAGGUUGCGACAACCCUCCCCGACAAAGGCGAGGAAAUAGCGCUGAGGAGACUGCACGAAUUUGCACAAAAAGUUGAGACGAUAUACAAGCCAGGGGCUCAAGUCUGGAUCAUCAGCGAUGGACAUGUGUUCAGCGACUGCAUCGGGGUUGAUGACCAGACUGUAGACGACUAUGGCGCCCACCUGAAGACACUUAAUAACGCCAUCAGUUCAUCUUUCAAAGGCCCUAGAGAUCGGGUGCGUUUUCGAUCCCUGGUUGACAUGUUCGACCUCGACGUCAGCGAUGUUCCCAGCUAUGAAAAGCUAGGAAUUCCAAAUCUGAAUCAUCAUAUUGCAACCACUCUGAAAGAUGAUGCGGAACUCUGCCGCCGCAUCCUGAUGGCCGGCUGUCAGCCUAACGAGGCCGGGCUGAGGGCACGAAUCAACUCCCAAGAUGCCUCCAUUCUAGCGUUAUACCGUGGCUUUUCACGGUUUAUGCUUGAGGAUCUUGACUUGCAUCCGCUCACCCAGGCACUCUCGCGGUCUCAAAGAAAAAAGUUGGCGACCAAAGUUUCUUUCGAAAUGAUUCUGCGAAAUCAAGCCUAUUCCAAUCUCGUCGAACUGAUGUGUCCAGAUCAUGUUCGGCUCUCGAUCCAUGCACACAACAAUUCUGGUCCAAAGUUUGGUAUCCGGCUAUUUGACACCAAAAUAUACCGCGCCACACAUAGCCUCGAUAAAGGUGAUGGGGAAGCCUCAUCUGCCGAUCUUUUGCACAUCCCAACCCCGUGGCACAACUGCGUCGCCACAUUCCCAGGCGAGCCAGUUAGCUAUGUUACAAAAUCGAAAGCCAUCACAGACGCAUUGUCGACCCCACGAUAUACCGGAGCCUGGGUGGAGGGUGACCUUGCGGAAGGGAAAGGCGGCUUUUACUCCCUUUACAGACCUGUUCCACCACCGGCGCCGGCGCCGGCCCCCAAACAAGCUUCAAAAGAAGAAUUGGAACGGGUGGUGGUCCGCCAAGACAAGCCACUGGAAGCAAUUUCCGUCAAAGGAAGUGGAAUGGCCCGGAAAACUGUGCGGUCUAUGGUUCUCAAUAUCCCGUUGGCCAUCUACAAUCUUUGCAUCAACUCGUUGAGGUUCAGCCGGGCCUGGCUCAUGGCUUAUGUCAGCCAGUCACAUUAG